CCCCCCCUUUCAGUGAUGGCGUGUGUCGAUGCUGCUCAGGCGUCCGGGGCCUAGUGCACUUAGGGAGGACCCCCCUCCCCUCCCUCCAUUCCCCCUUAUUUGGAGACAAUUCUCUUGAUUUCUCUUCUAUCCGUGUCCUCCACGGCUCCUGUAGUCUUCAUCGUGCAUCUCUGUGCUGCGGGUGCCUGCGAUCCCGGCCCUCUGGGGUGGAGGAAAUCAGCAUCGUGCUUCGAAGGGGGAGCUGUGCACAAUUAGCCAUGCCCUGCCUAGGCUUCAUUUGACCGCCUGGAUCUUUCUUCUUCUGUCCACGUGUGCACCCAGAGGGCAUCGUAGGAUGAAAAUCUGCAACUAUGAUGCAAGGACUGAAAAAACGAACCAGAAAAGCCCUUCGCCUAGGGAAGAAAGAGAAGGACACAGAAGCAACGAGCUCACCUGACAAAGAGGGAAGCGAAGGUGGAAAGAAGGGAAAAAAAAAGGCCAAUGGAGCUCCUAAUGGUUUCUACGGGGAGAUUGACUGGGACAGAUAUGCCUCACCCGAUGUCGACGAGGAGGGGUUCAGUCUACGGCCCGGUGAGGGAGACAAUGCAGCUUCCAAAGGAAAGCAUCUCUCUUCCUCCAGCGAUUCAGACGAUGACGAAGAGAACAAGAAAAAGUUCAAAAUCCGGAUCAAGCCGCUGGUGGCGGACAGCGCCCGGUGUCUUCCUCCAUCCAUGGAUGAGCUGAAAGCCUCUGUGGGAGGUCUGGCGCUCUCUCCUUCUCUGAGGAGAAGUCCGAGACGCAGUCCGGGGAUGAUGAAAAGAAAUUUAUCAUGUGAAGAGAUAGCUAGACCCAGACGCUCCACCCCAACGCCAAGUUGUGCAUCUGAGACACCAAGCUCCACUGUGCCACAGAAUGUUCCUUCAGUGUUCAGGCAUCCUUCAGAAAGCAGAUAUGCCAGAUAUGAUGCAAUCCGCAGUGACGCAUGGGGAGAACCCAGACCAUGCUCAGAAUCCCAGCUGAGCCGUAGUUUUCCAACAGGAGCUCCUCCACCGCUUCCUCCUAAAACCUUUCCAUCUAGAAGUCGUUACGGUUAUCCUUCGGACUUGGCAGCUGAUCUACCCAAUGGCAGGGCAGCCCGAAGCUCUGCCCCCAUCUACCUAAAUGUCCUUUCCCCUGCCUCUUACCGGGGGUCCCCAGCCCCUGACCUAGACGACGUGUUUGGUCCUGCUGACAGCCCCAGAAUGAGAGAGGAGGCGGCAUCUCCCAGAUGGGUCACCUUCAUGGACGACAGACCUCCACCUCCUGACGAACCAGCUCCUCCUCCACCACCAGACUCUCCUCCUCCAGAUACACCUUCCUCCACUCCUUCUACGCCUGGCUUCUCUCCCGGACCGCCACCAAAUGAGCCCCCACCUUCUCCUCCGCCGUUUUCCCCAGGAUCUCCUCCUCCUUUUACACCACUAGACUCACCGCCCUCAAUCGUGCUUGGACCUCCGCCUCCAGAUGAGCCAGCUCCUCCUUUGCCUCCUGACUUCUCCCCUUCUGACUCUUCCACUGCAUUCCCUGACGAGGAAGGAGUCGACGAGGAGGUCCUGCAGCUGGCAGGGUAUGCCUGCUCCUCCACUACAAUCAGCCCAGUGCCCCCUUUGCCAGCAGAACGGAAAUCCCCUCGGGCAGGGGUCACAUCUCCUUUAGUCUACGGGAAUCUGGGAGGAAAGAGGACUCCAGAGGGAGCGUACCAGAGGGAUGAUGUACCGGAUCUGACAGGCUCUCCCAGAGAGCUGACACCCAGCUUCAGGGGAACUCCGCCUCCUCUUCCUCCAACCGCAUACAGGUCCAUCAUGUCUUCCCCUGGGCCCUAUUCUGGAAGCAGCCCAUCAUCUCCAGCUCGCCCUGUCACGCCUCAGUCUCGAGGGAGUCCAGUGCCGCCUCCUCCUCCUCCUCGUCCAACCUCAAGACCAAAGCUACCCCCGGGGAAACCAAUCACAGAGCUAAGUCGGCCAUUCAGCCCACCGGUUGCAGUGAGCCCUCCACCUUUUGCACCCCUGGCCCGCGCUGAGAGCUCCUCCUCCCUCUCCUCUGUCACCUCACAUAGUGCAGCUUCCACUCCAACCUUAGGACGAGACCUCAGCAUGCCCACCACAGGGUGCUCCAGAGGACCCAGCCCACUCACCAUGGGACCCCAGGACACUCUGCCAGUUGCAGCUGCAUUCACGGAAACUAUAAAUGCUUAUUUCAAAGGCGCUGAUCCCAGCAAAUGUGCGGUGAAAAUCACAGGGGAGAUGGUGCUCUCCUUCCCUGCAGGUAUAACCAGGCAUUUUGCUUGUCACCCAACUCAACCAAUCCUCACCUUUGUCAUCAGCAACUAUAACCAGCUGGAGCAAGUCCUCCCUAAUCCACAGCUGCUGUGCUGUGAUUCUGCAACGGAUGGUGUGGAUACCAAGGAAUUCUGGGUAAACAUGCCAAACCUGAUGAACCAUCUCAAGAAAGUGGCCGAACAGAAGCCUCAGGCAACAUACUACAACGUGGACAUGAUCAAAUAUCAAGUGUCUGCAGAGGGGAUUCAGUCCACUCCUCUGAACCUGGCUGUGAGUUGGCGAGGUGAUUCCACCAACACCGACCUGCGAAUAGAUUACAAAUACAAUGCUGAGGCCAUGGCUUCUCCGGUGCCGUUACACAACAUCCACUUUGUGGUUCCUGUGGAUGGGGGCAUAUCCAGGCUGCAGACCAUGAUCCCCCCCGCCACGUGGAAUCCAGAGCAGCAAGCGAUUCAGUGGAAAAUCCAAAGCCUGUCUCAAAGAUCUGAAAAUGGAGGAGUAGGGGCUCUACUGGGCCGGUUCCAGAUGGAGGAAGGUCCCUGUAAACCCUCCAAGCCCCAGCUGGCGGUCCAGUUCACCAGUGAGGGAAGCACGCUGUCAGGCUGUGAUAUCCAGCUUGUUGGGACCGGCUACCGGCUCUCUCUGGUGAAGAAGAGAUUUGCUGCAGGGAAAUAUUUAGCAGAUAACUAGCGGGUUUGUUGAUGAAGAGCACCAAGGAAAUUCCUGGCUUUUGACUGUGAAGACUAUGGAUCCAUCCCAUGUUUAGUGGACAUCUGAAGUUCUCUAGCAAACCAUCAGAGUGAAUGGUUGAGGUAUGCUGGAAGAACAGAGUUUAUGCAAGUAAAUAUGGAUCCUUCUUUGUGCAUCUUGAACUCGUGACCUGAAACGGGGUAAAAAGAUGAGGAAGCUUGUUAACUGUAAAAUAAUUGUAAUUCAUACAGUGAUCCAGCCUUAUUUAUUUUAUUUAAUGUUUAACUGGUAAAUACUGUAAAUGCACAGUGGGAGAUGAUGUGAGUUGAUUGUAUGAAAUCAAGAACAAUCGUAAAGGUGGGAGUAAUUGUUUGGGGAAUGGGGGUUUACCUGUGAGAUUUGAUAUACACUGCCUCUUCAGAUUUGGUGGUAGCAUCCUUAUCAUCAUCUAAGAAGAACUUCUUCCUUUAGUUUAAUAAGCUUUGAAAUAAAAGAAAAGCCAAAAUCCAUCAGUUUGGCGAUUAAAGAAGCAGGUUUUGGUUUCUCUGACGUGGAACUGAUCGCUGCUCUUCAGAACUUACAAUCAGAUUUGAUGCUGAAUCUAAAAUUUUAUCUACCCUGUGGAAAUGACAGCACCUCCCAAAAAUAUUCCCUGUUUUGGUCAUUAAACCCAAACUUCAAAGCAUUUUAUUGGGACUUGAUUUAACAGACCAACACAAAGUAGAGCCUAAGAGUGAACUGGAAGUAAAUGCAUUAUUAGUAUUUUUUUUUAUUUCCAAGUAAAUAGAAGGUAGAAAAUGUGUGGUUGGUGUUUAUAUUCUGCCUCACAAUGUCGAUAUUCUGUAAAGGGAAACAUCUUGUUACAGCAUCAUGCUGCCAGUGCCAUGCUUUACUGUGGGGACGGUGAGUUCAGCAUGAUGAGCCGUUUAAU